AUGGCUUUUAUUGGUAAUAAUAAAAAUACAAACGCUUCCAAUGGAAUUAAUGCUUCUAUGGAAGAAUCUAAAAUUGGAGGAAACUUAAAUAAUAAGUUCAAUCUUUAUACCAAAAUCUUUGCAUUUAGCGUAUUAGUUUUGGUUUUACAAUGCUUUAACAAUGAAUGUUCUUUUAAAGGAUAUGGUAAUGAAAUGAAUUUAGGAAAAAUUAACAGAGGUCAAAGAAUUUUAAGUGACUUAUAUGGUAUUGGAGGAAAAUUCUAUGAAGAUCAAGAAAGACAAAGAGUUGGAGUACUUCACUCUGGAUAUGGCGAUGAAAAUAUAAGUUAUAAUAAUAGGACAAAUGGUUUAGGUACAGUUGUUGGUAAUGAUGGAUCAACCACAAAUUUAGAUGAUAGUAAUUUAUCAUUGGAUAGUACCAUAUUUGAAGGUGCUAACAAUGGAAACACUAGAGUUGGAGCAACUAUGACAACAGCAGAUAGUACUGAAAGUUUAGAUGCACCAACAGUUGACAAUGCUUAUGACGCUUCUGAAUAUGAAGAUAAAUUUAUGAACAACUGCAGACAAAGUAAACAAGGUAAUAAAUACAAAAGUUUAUUAACAAAAUUUAAAAAAGACCACCGUUAUAUUGCACCCCUUGUCUUGUUUUUCAUAUAUGUUUUUUGUAGUCCAUUAUUAAUGCCAGCUAUUAUAGUAUAUGCUAUGUUCUUGUUAUCUCGUUAUAUUAUUAAAAAGGUUGCAUAA